AGAGCAACGAACGGCGAGCGACGCGCGAAGAGAAUAUCAAUAAAUAGGUUUAAUUUAGUCUAAUAGCCAACGAAUAUUAGUUGUUUUUCGGCAGCAACUGUUAAGUUUAAAGUAAACAAGUCAAUUAACGAGCGGCACACCAAAUAAUCAAUUCUUGAAAUAAUGUCGGGCAAUGCGAUCCACAAACUGCCGCUGGAGCAGCCACAGCAACAGCAAUUCGCUCUGCUGCCAAAGAUCAUUAACGGUGGCAUCGCAGGAAUCAUUGGUGUAACAUGUGUUUUUCCCCUGGAUUUGGUAAAGACGAGGCUGCAGAAUCAGCAAAUCGGUCCCAAUGGAGAACGCAUGUACAACAGCAUGUUCGAUUGCUUCCGCAAGACGUACGCUGCCGAAGGCUACUUUGGCAUGUACCGCGGCUCUGGCGUUAACAUCCUGCUGAUCACCCCUGAGAAGGCCAUCAAGUUAACUGCCAAUGACUACUUCCGCCACAAGCUGACCACCAAGGAUGGCAAGCUGCCCCUGACAAGUCAAAUGGUUGCCGGCGGUCUGGCCGGAGCAUUCCAAAUCAUAGUCACCACGCCCAUGGAACUGCUCAAGAUUCAGAUGCAGGACGCUGGCCGAGUGGCGGCGGCAGCCAAACUUGCUGGAAAGACGGUGGAGAAGGUGUCGGCCACCCAGCUGGCGACGCAGCUGUUGCGGGAGAAGGGUAUUUUCGGACUAUAUAAGGGAAUCGGAGCCACAGGAUUGCGGGAUGUCACCUUCUCUGUCAUUUACUUCCCGCUGUUUGCCACACUCAAUGACCUGGGACCACGUCGCAAUGAUGGCUCUGGCGAGGCGGUGUUCUGGUGCUCCUUCCUGGCGGGUUUGGCUGCGGGCUCCACUGCUGCCCUGGCGGUUAAUCCCUUCGAUGUGGUCAAGACGCGCCUGCAGGCAAUCAAAAAGGCCGACGGUGAGAAGGAGUUCAAGGGCAUAUCCGAUUGCAUCACGAAGACAUUGAAGCAUGAGGGUCCCACGGCUUUCUUCAAGGGCGGUCUCUGCCGAAUGAUUGUGAUUGCUCCCUUGUUUGGCAUUGCCCAAACGGUUUACUAUUUGGGCGUGGCCGAGGGUCUGCUAGGUGUGCAGAAGAAGUAGAGAUAGGAGAAGUAUUUCAAGUCUACUCUCUAAAUGUUGAAUGUGUAUAUCGUGUUUAAAUGUUGUUAAAGCUGUCCAUGAAUGUAAUUGUAAAGUCGUAACGUCUGUAGUAAGCACACACACUAGACAGUAAAGCUACCAUAUGCAGUUGUUAAAGUUCCUCCCAGUCCCAUUAAUCCUCUCAAUAUAUAUCAAAGGGCAAAAGACAACCAACUGAUGCUCCCCAAUGACAAUAAGAUGUUGCAAAAUGCUUA